AUGUGUUGCGUUAUCUGUUCCAUGUCAGACUGUAUUCUAUAUAUUGUUGCAGUAAUUUUUCCUCCUAUUGCAGUCCUAUUAAGAUCAGGAUUCUGCUCCUCAGAUUUAUUAUUGAAUAUUUUAUUAACUAUGUUAGGAUUUUUUCCUGGAUUAGUGCAUGCUUUUUAUUAUAUAACAAUUACAAGUCCCUUACGAAGACAGACUGAAUAUGUGUAUGUUAUUCAACAAGGCAUAGCUGAUAUUGAAAGAAAUGAUAGGAAUAAUUCAAGAGGAUAUGGUUCAUAUGAAACUAUGCAAGCACCUUUAAUUAGUUCUAACAAAAGUUCAAAUAACGUAUCCAUGAUUAGUGAAAUACCACCAAACCAAGAGUCUCAAAAUGGGGAUGCUUGUUCAAAUAAACAGAUUGCACCACCCCCAUAUAGUGAAAUAUCUUGA